UUGUGGUGUAUCUCCACAACAGAUUCUGGAAAACAGCGUCAAGUUUUACUAUAGUUUGAUUUCCUUGUAGCUCCAGUGCCUCGCAGAUGUUUAAACAACCAGUCAAUCAGCCUACUUUAUGCCAGGUACUAUUUUAGAAGCUGGAAAUUUAGCACUGAACAGACAAGUGACUGCUGUCCCCAAACUGACAUUCCUGGAUAGGUAAAUACAGAUUUUGGAAUGAAUGAAAAAACGAAUGUUCUAAUCCAAUCAGCAAUACGUUUUCGGGAGAAGUGAGAGCAUCAUUUUUUACUUUUAGUUGAAAACAAAGAAAUCUCACUUUUCAGUUAAAAAGAACUCAAAUCUGUGCAAGUAGCAGCAGCCACAACCAUGAGUCAGGCAUAUAAGAACUCGGCCUUAGGGGGUUAAGACUCACGAAUAUAGAUUUAAUAUCUUUAGGUGACACCCCAUAUCUACAAAUUCAUAUGUUCACGCUAGACGAAGAGUCCGUCCCCCUCCGCGCUUCGCGCAUUCAUCUGUUGCUAGCUAAGCAGCCUAUGUACGUGCAUUUCGGCCAUAUCCGAUUUACGCAAAUUCCGUUUACGCUUGCUUGGAGCUGACGGGCUGACAGGUCCAGAAAUUCCGCGGAGUCCCGCGCGAGCCGGGACGAACCAUCUGUGCCCGCGGGCGAGGGUGACGGAUCAACUCCGCGCGGAGUCAGGGCCCGGACAGCGGGGGUUAAGCAGCAGCGUCGCCUGAGGACCCUUCCCGCAGAGCGACCGACAAGGGGUGGCUUGUGUGAGGGCUUCUCGGGACCGAAUUCCCCUCUCCGGCUGGCAUGGCGGACCAGAAACUAGUGGUGGUGUUUGGAGCCACAGGUGCCCAAGGGGGCUCAGUGGCCCGGACGCUUCUGGAAGACGGAACGUUCCGGGUUCGGGCUGUGACCCGAAACCCUGGGCAGAAGGCAGCGAAGGAGCUGAGGCUGCGAGGUGCGGAAGUAGUGCAGGGAGACCAGGAUGAUGAGGCCAGCAUGGAACUGGCCCUGACCGGGGCUCAUGCUACCUUCAUCGUGACCAACUACUGGGAGAACUGCAGCCAGGAGCAGGAAGUCAAGCAGGGAAAGCUGCUGGCCGAUUUGGCCAAGCGCCUGGGCCUUCGCUAUGUGGUCUACAGCGGCCUGGAGAAUAUCAAGAAGCUGACGGCAGGGAGACUGGCAGCAGGCCACUUUGAUGGCAAAGGGGAGGUGGAGGAAUAUUUCCGAGACAUCGGCGUUCCCAUGACCAGUGUGCGGCUGCCCUGCUAUUUCGAGAACCUCCUCUCCUACUUCCUGCCCCAGAAAGCCCCGGAUGGAAAGAGCUACUUGUUGAGCUUGCCCAUGGGUGACGUACCCAUGGACGGCAUGUCUGUCGCUGACCUGGGCCCUGUGGUGCUCAGCCUGCUGAAGAUGCCAGAAUACGUCGGCCAGAACCUCGGGCUCAGUACCUGCAGGCACACGGCGGCGGAGUACGCUGAUCUGCUCUCCAAGCACACUGGAAAGGCUGUGCGCGACGCCCAGACAACUCCUGAGGACUACGAGAAGCUCGGCUUCCCAGGUGCCCAAGACCUGGCCAACAUGUUCCGUUUCUAUGCCCUGAAACCCGACCGCAACAUUGAACUGACCCUGAGGCUCAACCCCAAGGCCAGGACGCUGGAUCAGUGGCUGGAGCAACACAAAGGGGACUUCGCCAGGCUGUGACCCUGCCCACCUCUCAGCCCCAUCUUGGGGGAUGGGAAGCACAGUCACAGUGAUCCUUUCUUAUGUUACAAAAAAAAUUAUUUUUGAAUAAAGACCAUUGUUCUCACA